GUAAAAUAUCUUAAGAAUGGAGAAGUUACCAAUGAGCUCGAAACAGAAAGAACUUGAGUUACAUGAAGAAGAACUCAAGAUUAGCCAAGUGGCCAAGGAGCUAGAUGACACGAUUAAGCCAUAUCGGUAUGAUUUGAGGGGAUGUAAGAGAAAAUCAAACUUGAGAAGGCUACAUAAUGAGGUCUAUAGAAGAUUUAUAGAAGUAUUACCCUCAAGGCGUAAUAAGGGUUUAUUUUUUAUUCUCGGAGCUACAGAGAGAGUUGAUGGGAAAAAGUGUUUGGUGGUCUCAGUGAGCAAUUUUGAUAGAUACCACUUACCUUCAAGAACAUUUGGUCAAAUUCUAACAAGAGUAUCUCCAAUUCCGACCUACGCUUUUGAACUAACAUGCUUCAAACUCCCCCAAAAACUCCUCCUCCGACUACUCGGCUCUCUUUCCCACACCUAAAACUCUCCACAUGUGUCGUUGCCUCUUCGAGCCUCUAAACCUCCCUUCCUACUCACCCCCAGGGACCCCAAAACCUCCAAAAAUCCCCUCUUCUUCAGCACCUGCUGGCUCUAACCCAGCUAGGCUAUGUCUUCAGAACAAGGAGUCUGGCACUCCAAGGCCAAGUAUCUGGCUUAGCCCAGACUUCCCUUCUGUGAAGCUGGAAGCAGUUGAACUGCAGAAUUGUAUUAAGAAGGGAGAUGUCCAGUUGGACCCAGAUGAUGAAGAGAUGAGAGAUCUGGUCAGGCUGUUGGAGAGGGCGGGAGGAGUGGAGAGGAUUGAUUUGAGUAGUAGAUGGUGGAAAUGGAAGUUUAGGAGGGUCAGAGAAGGAGGGAGUUUUAGGAUUCAGAAGCGUUAGGGAUGAGGAAGGAGCUUUGUAGGGGGAUUUUC